AUGAGUCUCUGUGAUUCUUGCAAUGGUAUCAAUGUACCAGCUCUUGCCAGCGAGUCCGGAUAUCAGCAUCUCGGCAACGUACGCGACCUCAGAAGUUCUGCCGAGAAUUGCCGUCUGUGCGCCGUAAUUAGAUCCGCUCUCAACCAGAACACCGCCCAUACUUCCGAGCCCGAUAACCCAUUCGAAGCGGAUUAUUACGAGAAUCAUCUUGAGGCGGAACCCAUAACGCUGCACGGCGUUAGUGAGGGCCUCUACGACAGGUCGCUGUCAGGCGAAGGAUAUGCCCUUACUAGACCUUACCGGCUAUGGGGUAUCGAGAUUCAUGUCUCAUCCAAAUAUGGGGAUGAUAUCGGCUACAUAAGCCUUUUCGCCGAGCCAGGUGCGUCAGUCAUGUCGGAUACUCCCAUCGGCUUGAGCGCUUACCGUGCAGCAGGGAGCUUAGCUUCAACAUCUGGCGCAGUGUCAGGCAGGCCGAUUUGCAAGGACGUUCGCUCGGAAGGGUUUGACCUGAUCAAGCGAUGGAUGCGGAACUGCGUCCACAACCACAAGAAAUGUAGAUGCACUAUAGCUGCAGGCGAUAUUGAUGAAACUGCGCAGCCUGAACUGCCUCGUCGAGUCCUGGAUGUCGGUAAUGAAAGAGUUAGACUGAUCGACACCUCUCUAGACGGCGAGCCACAAGCGGGGCAUUACGCUGCACUAUCCCAUUGCUGGGGCCCAAAGCAGUUGCUGACAACUACUGAAUCCACAUUCCGGAGCCGCAUCGACGGCAUCAAUUUCGAGGACCUCCCUCGCACUUUUCAAGAUGCCGUCACCGUAACCCGGACGCUUUGUUUGCGGUACAUCUGGAUCGACUCCCUCUGUAUCAUCCAGGACAGCCGCCAGGACUGGCUCACAGAAUCUGCAAAGAUGGGGACUGUUUAUCAGAACGCAAGCAUUGUUAUAGCGGCCUCCGGAGCUGGUGAGGGCAGCGAAGGCUGCUUCAUACCUCGCACGAGUAUCGUAGAACCCAUCAAGCUGCUCUUUCACUCCGAUGAUGGUGCAGUCUCAGGCUGCAUGUUCGUAUCCUUGCUUCCGGACGAGGGCAACGACAACGCAAUACUGGACAGAAAUCCCCUUGCUAAAAGAGCGUGGAUCACUCAGGAAUGGAUCCUAGCCCGCAGAAUCAUACACUUCACGCGGGCACAACUGGUAUGGUCCUGUAAAACCGAAAUUGAGACUGAGAGUGGUCAGCCAAUCUAUGAUGACAGCGCCACUCAAAGCCUUCAGGAGAGUCCAAUCUUCAGCGCAUCGGCCAACGACAGCGACGUCAACACCUUCAUCGACGACUGGUGCGAGAUUGUUGUUAAUUUUUGCGGUCGUCAGCUGACUUAUGAGUCUGAUAAGUUAGUGGCUUUGCAGGGAGUUGUCAACGAAGUGUUGCGAAGGAUUGGUAACACUUAUCGGUAUCACUUUGGAGUGUGGUCAGCAAGGCUGCCACAGCAAAUACUCUGGUUUGCAAGGGAUAUCCUGGCACGGCCUCAAACGUUGAAGAGCACGCCUUCCUGGUCCUGGGCCUCAACUAUGGGCGUUAUCGUCCACCACAACCCUGGCCAGACUGCACAAGAUUUAGCUCAGUGCCUGCGAAUAGAGGAUAAGAAACUACUGCUCCAAACACUUCUGGCACCCAUCCCACAACUGCGCGGGCCAAUCAUGCCACACUCGCCCGAGGCGCCUUAUGCGUUUCACUGUCAGUCAAAAUCAACAUUCGCAACCGGAGCGGCGGUAAUGUCAUGGAGGAUGUACCUCAUGUCGUCGAUUGAAGAAGACAGGCUAGGUUGGGUCUCGUUUGACCAAGGUGUUGUACCGCCGGACCCGAUAUACAUGCUUCCGAUUUCAAAGAAUGUCUUCAACGGUGCAGACGACGGCUUCAACAUCCUCCUCGUGGCGCCAGCGAAGAUAGAUGACACCGCAUACGAAAGAGUUGGUAUGGGUGAGGUUCUCUAUACGGAUCUAUUUACUGGCCGGCUCAUGCAGCAGAUUUGUCUGGUUUGA